CUAAGUUAAAAAUGUAGAUUCCUUCAGAUGCCCUUCAUCUACUUCAUAUAAAGUCCCUGCCCAACAUCGCGGUAUACGCGGAAUAUCAAUACCACAUGCAACCACCGUCGCUAUCGGCAAAACCAUAAUCCGACCAGAUUCUAGACGGCAAGCUCGAAUAAUCUCAUCCCAGACCGCGAUAAAGGUCAAGACAGAACCUCCAAUCUUCAAUCACAACCCCACCACAACAAUCAUGGCAGACACCGCAGUAGCCGAUCCCCCCAAAUCCACAGAAUCCACAACUUCACCCGAAGAAACAAAUGCCCCAGACCACCAAGUCGCCAGCGACGAAAAUGCCCUCGCCGUGACCCAGCCCGCCGAGUCCGCCGUUGCGGAAGGCGCGCCGAAGAAGAAGAAGAUCAUCAGGAAGAAGCGCCGUCCAGCACGCAUCCAGGUCGAUCCCGCCACAGUCAAGUCCGAACCGCCUCCUCAGACAGGUACAGUUUUUAACAUCUGGUAUAAUAAAUGGUCCGGCGGCGACAGAGAAGACAGCUACCUAUCGAAACAACACGCCCCAUCACGAUGCAACAUCUCCAAAGAUAGCGGCUACACGCGCGCCGACAAGGUUACCGGCUCCUACUUCUGUCUGUUCUUCGCGCGCGGCGUCUGUCACCUCGGACCGGAAUGCCAGUAUCUGCACCGUCUGCCCACUAUCCAUGAUCUCUUCAGUCCGAAUGUCGACUGUUUCGGCCGCGACAAGUUCAGCGACUACCGCGAUGACAUGGGCGGUGUUGGAUCGUUUAUGCGCCAGAAUCGCACGCUGUAUGUGGGUCGGAUCCACGUUACGGAUGAUAUUGAGGAGGUUGUUGCACGGCAUUUUGCCGAGUGGGGUGAGAUUGAGAGAAUACGUGUGUUGACGUCGAGGGGUGUGGCUUUCGUCACGUAUACUACUCUAGCACAGGCGGAAUUUGCGAAGGAGGCUAUGGCGCAUCAAUCUCUCGACAAUAAUGAGAUUUUGAAUGUGCGUUGGGCGACGGUCGAUCCGAACCCAUUGGCUCAAAAGCGUGAGGCGAGAAGGUUGGAGGAACAAGCUGCUGAGGCGGUACGCAGGGCGUUGCCGGCGGACUUCGUUGCUGAACUGGAAGGGAGGGAUCCUGAAGCUCGAAAGAGGAAGAAGAUCGAGGGCAGUUUCGGUUUGCAAGGGUAUGAGCCUCCUGAUGAGGUCUGGUAUACCCGGACGAAGCAGUUGGAGGAUGCUGGAAAGGGAGAUCAAGGUCAGCUAGAGGCUCCAAAUCAACCACUCAUGCUUGAGAACGCGCCUUCUGCUUCUGCUCCGCAGGAAUCGGAAAACAGUAGCAUAUUCUCAAGCUCUACUGUUGCGGCAUUGAGAGGACUAGCAGGCGGUAAUGUUACAACACAAGCAGCUCCGCAAGCCUCGGGAGGGCCUUUAGUAGGCUACGGAAGCGAUGAUGAAAGUGAUUAAACCGGUUUAUGGUAUAUUGCGCUUUAAAUUAUGUAUAAUA